GCUAAAACCCACAGGCUUUUACAGACACCAUGUCAGAGCUGUGCUUUAGAGGGGUCUGUUUCAUAACAUGUCCAGCCUGGGCUCAGAGGCACUGCUAGCAGAUAUAGAUAUUCUAACAUGGACCAAAAGGAGGUUCUGAGCAGAUUCCUGGAAGCGGUGCGAAGCAAAGAGGCGGACUCUGGCGAGGUCUUUGCUAAUGAGUUCACAAGGCUAAAAAGACAGUCGACCAAAUACAAAAAUGAAAACCCCUCAAAAGCAGCAGAGAAACAGGAAAAUUGCAAGAAGAAUAGAUACAAAGAUAUAGUGCCAUUUGACCACAGCAGAGUGAAGCUGUCUUUGAUAACAUCGGACACAGACUCUGACUUCAUCAAUGCAAGUUUUAUCAGGGGAGUGUAUGGGCAAAAGGCAUACAUUGCCACUCAGGGACCCCUGCCAAGCACUGUCUUAGAUUUCUGGAGGAUGAUCUGGGAAUACAAUGUGCAAGUUAUUGUAAUGGCCUGCAGGGAGUUUGAAAUGGGACGGAAAAAAUGUGAGCGUUACUGGGCAACCCUGGAAGAGGAGUCGUUUAAGUGUGCCGUUUUCUCCAUUUCAUGUGAUUCUGAGGAAAAUAAAGGCGAUUAUGUUGUUAGGAUACUUAAAGCAACCUUAUUUAAUGAAUGUCGUGCAAUUUAUCAACUCCACUAUGUUAACUGGCCAGACCAUGGAGUCCCUGACUCCCUAGACCCAAUACUGGAGAUGAUCUGGGAAAUGCGUUCCUAUCAGGAACACGAUGACGUCCCGCUCUGUAUCCACUGCAGUGCUGGCUGUGGCAGGACCGGAGUGAUAUGUGCCAUUGACUACACCUGGAAGCUGCUAACCAAUGGGAUUAUCCCAGAGAACUUCAGUGUCUUCGAUUUGGUUCAAGAAAUGAGAACACAAAGGCCGUCCCUUGUCCAAACCAAGGAGCAGUAUGAACUUGUUUACAUUUCAGUAAAGCACUUGUUCCAAAAACAUUUAGAGAACAUGGACAGAGAUUGCAAAUUGGAUGUGAAUGAGAGUCUCCCUACACCUUUGGAUAUCUCAUCUGAAAGUGAGACACUAGCAAGCCAAGAAGCUAAUAUUGUGGAACCAGAGCAAGGUUACAGAUACUCAGAUGAGGAAAUGCCAGAGAAAACUCUUAGUCAUUGUUUUGAUGUUGCACAAGAAAUUGCACCAUUGAUUUCCUCUGCAUACCAGACCAACACUCCCCCACAGAGCACCCAACAGGGCUUCACCCCCGCAAGGCACACAGAGUCUUACCACCCUGAUGCAGAUAUAUGGUGCAGUGCAGGCUUGUCUGAAAUUAGAAGGCAGCACCUGUCUAUGUUCAUCCACAACAAUAGCUGGGGGAUGGAUCAGGAGAAUCUCCUCAGCUUAGACUCAGACAGGACAGAGGACAGUUACCUGUCUUCAGGAUUAACAAACCCUAGAGGUGGGCCUGCUGGUAAGAUACCAGUGUGCAGGGUCAAAUCAAAUCCUUUUACUCAGGGCUAUCCAGCAGAGGAAUGCGAUCAGGGAUUGAUGGAAGCCUCGUGGGACCUUCGCCAGGAACGCACAUCAUGUUCCUUGAAUAACGUGAACCAGGACAGAGGGGUGCUGGACAGGCUGGAGGAUCUCAGCUUUGCUCACCCUUACUGGGAACCAGCUCUGGCAAACAAAGGGCACUGGAGUGAAACUGAGGAUCCCUCUCCCUUCCAUCCUGCUUCUCAGGACAAUGCUGGCUCCUGCUAUACUGUGGAGGAUCCUUACUUCUCUACAGAUAUUAUUGAUUCCCUUGAUGGAUCUCAGGAUGUCCUCGGGGGGUCUAGUGAAAAUGAUAGUAAAUGGGGGAAGGGAGCCCUUGACCACUGGACCAAGAGCCCUAGUUACAACACCUCUUCAUCCCAAGGUCUUCUUAAAUGGGCUACUUAUACACAAACAAGACAAGAAUACCCUGACUCGGAUUCCUUUUUAGCAGCUUCAGAUAACCACGCUGAUGAGGAAACUCCGCCACCCCUGCCAGAGCGAACUCCAGAGUCCUUUGUGUUGCUGAGCCAGUCUGAGCCUGUUUCUGCUACCCGGCUUCCUAUUCCUAUAAGCGCACAGGAGUCUAUUGAGGGUCCCCUGGACAAUGGUACUCUGAGCCCAGCCCCCCAGCCCCAGUCUUCCACAGACACGUUAAGAGUGGGAAUGUCUUCGGAAUGGUGCGGGAAUCCUCAACCAAAGACCCUUUUAGAACCAGAGAAAUCAAUUAGCAGAAGCAAGAGUUUAAAAUUUGGAACUUCAAAACUGGAGUCUCCACCUCCAUUGACUCCACCUCUACCUAGAAGAACACCAGAGUCGUUUGUGCUGGCCAGUACUCUGAGCCCAGCCCCCCAGCCCCAGCCUUCCACAGACACGUUAAGAGUGGGAAUGUCUUCAGAAUGGUGCGGCAAUCCUCAACCAAAAACCUUUUUAGAACCAGAGAAAUCAAUGAGCAGAAGCAAGAGUUUAAAAUUUGGAACUUCAAAACUGGAGUCUCCACCUCCAUUGACUCCACCUCUACCUAGAAGAACACCAGAGUCGUUUGUGCUGGCCAGUACUCUGAGCCCAGCCCCCCAGCCCCAGCCUUCCACAGACACGUUAAGAGUGGGAAUGUCUUCAGAAUGGUGCGGCAAUCCUCAACCAAAAACCUUUUUAGAACCAGAGAAAUCAAUGAGCAGAAGCAAGAGUUUAAAAAUGAAAUGUUCAAAACUGGUGCCCUUUUCUGUUGCCCCUGUACCUACCCCUCCCAGCACAGCAUCUGAAUGGGUUCUCAGAGGGAAUGGUGAACAACUACCUGCAGAUAACAGACCCCCCAGCUCAGCCAUGGAGCCAGUCCAGCCAGAUGAGAAGUCAGGUGCAAAACUGUCACUGUCCAGCUUCGCAAGGUCUAAGAGCAUGAAGUUUCUAAAAAAUGUGAAAAAGACAAAGAAUGCAACUUCAGCAGCAAAUGCAAUCGAAUCUGCCCCAUCAAACCACACAAGCUCCAAGUCUAACUUCGGGUUUGGCAAUCGUUUUUCCAAACCUAAAGGACCAAGGAAUCUCCCUGCAAGCUGGGUAUGAUGACCUUGUGAUACACAAUGUAAUGUCCUCCUGUCUCCUGCUAUAGCGUGUCCUGUAACAGAGGUGGAAUCACUGGAGUCCAUGGUGUGUGUGCCACCUGAGAAAAGACUUCACAUUGUCUUGCAAGUCCGCUGAUGGAAUUUAAAAAGUGACAACCAUUACUGAACACACAUUUGCUCAAUAGUAUUUACCUCAAUGAGGUCCGUUUUCAAUAUUAGGAUAUUUGUCAAUGAGUUUUUGGCAUGACUGUUUAGUGAUUUUUGACCAUUCUUCAAUGCAAAAUUGUUCCAGUUCAUUCAAAUUCCAAGGACUUCUCUUGUGCUCAGCCUUCUUCAACUCAUAUCAAGGAUUGUCAAUCAGAAUUAGAUCGGGACUUUGACCGGGCCAUUCCAGAACCUUGGUUUUAUUCUUCUUUAACCAUUCUGAAGUAGAUUUUAAUGUGUGCUUUGGAUCACUGUCGUGUUGAAACAUCCAGUUGCUCUUGAAAUCAAGUUUUGUAGUGGGGGGUUUCAAAUAAUUAGCCAAUAUCUUUUGGUAUGUUAUGGAAUUCAUUUUAAAUUUUGAAUUUGAAUUCAUUAAAUUUCCUGUGCCAUUAGAGGAAAAACAGCCCCAUAGAAGGAAUGAAUCUGAUAUGAAUAUAUGAAUCUAAAUGAACAUGUAUUUAUACUAAAGUAAUACAAAAAUGACUACAAAAGAUUUAGAAGAGAGUAG